AUGGCUGAUAAGGUAGCUUCGUACCCAACACAUAAUCCUAAAUGUGAAACUUGUUUUAUUGUUUCACGUUUGAGACGUCCUCGUCAGAAUUGCACAGACAUUAAUGUAGGAUUUGGGAAAACAUUGUGUUUUGUUAUAAACGCCAUGGUACUUGACAGUGUUUCCAUAACACUUGUCAUUUCACCUCUUUUGUCUUUGAUGGACAGUCAGAUGGAAGGUAUCUCUCGUGGAGAAUACAGUUUCGUUUUUGCAUCUCCAGAGUCAGUGCUGAAACCCAAAUGGCGAACAGUUUUCAUGAAUGACGUGUGGCAAAAGCGGCUGACAUGUAUAGUUUUCGACGAGGCGCAUUGCAUUUCUGAGUGGGGUGAAGAUUUUAGGCCAGAUUACAAGGAUAUGGCCCAAUUAAGAAGUUUUUUCAAGGUGCCUGUAUUGGCAUUGACAGCAACUAGUACAGUUGAAGUUAAAAAUGACAUCAUGUCGGUUCUACAGCUAAGUGAAUCUGACACAGAUGUGAUUGCACGGUCAGCAAAUCGGCAGAAUAUAUUUAUAGAAUGUCAGAAAAGAAAAAAACCUGAAUAUGAAGAGGAAUUACGUUGGCUCAUACAUUAUUUGAAAGAACACGGAAAGAAUUCCAAAAAAAUUAUAAUUUAUUGCCGUUCAAUUGACACAGUUUCAGAAAUAUUCAUAACGUUCAAAGAAGCAUUAGGCCUCCACGCCUAUAUUGAUAAAAUACAAAAGUCAUCUAACUUAAUCGUUGAAAUGUACCAUAAAUGUACACAUGAUUCAUCCAAACGGAGAAUUAUAAAUGAGUUUAGUAAAUCAACAAGCAGCAUACGUUGUCUUGUGGCAACUGUCGCCCUUGGAAUGGGUCUUGAUAUUAAAGAUAUCGAUAUGAUAAUCCAUAUAGGAUGUCCAAAAUCGGUCAUAUCUUAUUGGCAAGAAGCAGGGAGAUGUGCAAGAGAUGGAAGACAGGGGUUGAGUUUAAUUCUGUACGAUAAUUUUACAGCUUCUUUAAAAUCUACCAAUAAAGACAUGUCUGAAAUCGUAAAGUCAUCCGAAAUCAAGUGCCUGAGACAAAUGAUAAUCAACCAUUUUACAGUGUCUGGAAAAGAGGACAUCAGCCACCAUGUAUGUUCAGGCUGCAAGUCAUCGCCAUGCAAAUGUGAUAGUUGUAGGUGCUGCUCAUUCUGUUCCAGAAAGUGUCCAUGUACAGAAAAAGAUGUUAUGUUUGCUGGAAUAUUUUUAUAUCAACAAGAUAAAUCAAACGAUAUUGGGGUUGGAAAAUCUUCAAUUUCAUUGCAAGGUGAAUGA